GCAACUAUACAUGAAGAUUAUUCAUGUAUGCUGAACCAAACCAACAGGCCAAACAACAACAAGUUCUACAUCAUUCAAGUGAAUAAAGACAAGAAAAGUUUCAUAUGUUUCACUCGCUGGGGACGCUGGGCAGCUGAAGAAAGAGUUGGUGCCCUUCUCUGGAUCUUGUUCACUACCACACAGACUCAGGUCAUGAUUAAACUCAUCUUCUCUGAUGAAAUGUUCGUAGACCAAAUGUCAACUAUGAAGCUUGGUAAGAAAAUGCCUCUGGGAAAGCUGAGUAAACUACAGAUAACAAAAGGUCUUGAGACUCUCUUAGACAUAGAAGAGGCCAUCAAGACCAAUAAGCCUCGAGUGCUGUCAGAAUUGUCAUCCAAGUUCUACACCCUCGUCCCUCAUGUUGGCCGCUCCGUCCCACCAGUCAUGUACAAAGACAGUAUGGUGCAGAGCAAGAAGGAAGACAUGUUUACUCUCAGUGACAUUGAGCUGACACAGAGCCUUCAGAAGGAUAUGGCCAACAAGGGCAUUCAUCCCUUAAUGGAGAAAUAUGAGAUGCUGGACUGUGUUCUUGAAUUAGUUAACAAGAAGGAACCAGAAUUCAAGAUCAUUCAAGAAUACAUAAGCUGCCCCGACUCCAGACAAGGACCGUUGUUGGAUUUGUGGCGAGUUGACGUGGGAAAAUUUGCCUCUCAUGAUGACAUCAAACAUCGUAAGUUGCUGUGAUGCAGGACCGAGGUGGCAGUAGUGGCAGCCAUAUUGAAGGCUGGACUGAGAAUCAUGCCUCACUCAGGUGGACUAGUGGGCCGUGGCAUUUACUUUGCCUCUGAACAUGCCAGAGGUUGUUGGUCUGGAGGUGAGGAUAUGGUGGGCUUCAUGUUCCUGGUGGAGGUGGCCCUGGGACGAGAGAGCAGCAUAACUCAGUGUGACGGCAGCCUCACCAAAGCACCUGGCGAGUGCGACAGUAUUGUAGCCAGAGGGAGGAACGAACCAGACCCUAAGAAAGAUAAGAAACUGACCAUCGAGAACAAAGAGGUCAUAGUACCUGUUGGCAAACCAGUUCCUCAGAAAAAGUGGGCCACUAGUGGAUUUCACCAGAGUGAAUAUCUAGUCUACAAGGAGAGUCAAGGCAUCAGAUACAUGCUCAAGUUCUCCUUCCAGUAACUACAUGUGCACUCACUGUACUUCAGCAUUGUACAUCUUAAGGAGCCACACAAACCUGAGUACAUUACAGUGGUCGUAAGGUUAUUAUAUUUUCUUAUUAUUUAUGAUCUCACAUUCUCUCCAUGUUCCUAUUUAGGUUUUGAUGUGAUACUUUCCAGAAAUGAUCUUUGACACCUAGAAAGUGAUGGUGAUGUUACUGUGCUUUAUUUGUUAACACUUAGAUUAAUAGGAAACUAUUUAAGGUUUGGAA